GAAAUUUUGGAACCUUAAGUCAUCAUUUACUUGUCUUUUGCACUUCAUUUAAUUUUAGAAGCUCUUUUUCUUGUAAACAUAAAGUUUUUCUUCAAUUCUACUAACUGGGAUUGUUCACAAGCGAUCUUAAUGAUCACUCAGUACUCUUUAGUUGGGAGGUGAAGCUGAAAGGAAUCAUGGAAUCAAAAAACUCGAACUUUUACACUUUCCUGCCCAUCUUCAUCUGCAGUCUAGCCAUUCCUCUGUCCAUGUUCAUGUGGCUAGGUCAUCUGGCAUUCGUCAAGUUUACCAGUCAUCCGGAAUACGACGAUAAUGAGAUCCCACCGACGCGCUGGCUAAUUUCUGUCUUUGUGCCUGUCUUCUUUGCUGUCUAUGGGUAUCGCAGGAAGGGUGUAAAUGCCUCAGGGGCCAUUCUUGGCUUUAUUAUCUCCAUUGUACUUACCGUUGCAAAUUAUUCCUUCCUGGGAUGUCUCAUGGUCUUCUUCCUUUCAUCAUCCAAAGCCACCAAAUUCCGAGCAGCCCAGAAAGCCAAAAUCGAGGAGGAUUUUAAGGGCGGUGAGGGAAAGAGGAACUGGAUCCAAGUGCUCUGCAAUGGGGGCAUGGCCCUGCAAUUGGCCCUCUUGUACCUCAUUGAUUGUGGUCCAGGAGAGCGUCCAAUUGACUUUGGACGCUUAUAUCGCUCCAGUUGGCUGGGAAUAGCGACCCUGAGUGCAUUUGCGUGCUGCAAUGGAGACACAUGGGCUAGUGAGCUGGGCAGUGUUCUAGCCAGAGGAGAUCCCUUCCUCAUCACGACGCGCCAACGAGUGCCUCGAGGCACAAACGGAGGAGUAACCUUUGUGGGACUCUUCGUGAGUUUCCUGGGAGGUCUGGUAGUUGGUCUCACGUACUUCCUCAUCAACAUUUACACCGUAGAUCGUGCUAUUCUCCUCCGGAGUCCGUCCCAAUUACCUCUGAUUCUCAUUGGAGGCAUCGCGGGGCUUCUUGGCUCAGUUUUGGAUUCUCUGAUUGGAGCCACUCUUCAGUUCUCCGGGCAGGACGAGAAGGGACGGAUUGUAGAGACUCCAGGCAAAGGGAUCCGUCACAUUAGUGGGAUUCGUAUUCUGGACAAUCACAGUGUGAAUCUCAUCUCCAGUAUUCUCACUGGGGUCAUCAUGCCCACAAUCGCCAUCCAUUUUUGGCCGUAAAUGGGAAUUAAUCUAUCUUUUUCAAGCAAUGGGUCUGCUUUUUGAAAUAAUUAAAGGUCAUAGAAAUUUAUUUAUAUGUCGUGGAAUUAUAAAUUAAAAUAUAUUAUACUCAUUUUCCGAAAAGAAAA